AUGGACGCCCGUAGGAAUAGACCGUGAGUUCUGGAGGGGUCGGGUCGGCAGAGACAACGGCUAGGCAGAACGGACAGACGGUGAUGAUAACCGCUCCUCCGAAUGUGUGAUGUCUAUGCCUCUUCUUGAGAUACACUGCGCCUUUCACAUCGAUUCGACCAUAGUUAGUCUGUGUUUCUCGCUCUUACAGAACAUUUCUAGCUAAGAUCACGCUUCUCCUUCUUCUAGGGAGCAUAGAGAAAUGAAUCAGGAGGGACAGUACGUUCAAGUGGUUCAAGCCGACCUAGGAGCCGUCGAGCACCAGAUCAUUAGAUUGAUGUGAGUUUGUAGACUUUAGGAAGACACUAGAAUCUCCGUCUCUUCAGCCAUGAGCACUUUGAGCAGGAGACCGCUGUCCAAAGAGAGAUCGCCGAGGCGACGAAAGAAGGAAAUGCUCCGUAAGGCUGACAGAUUGUGCCGAAUGAAAUGAAUGUUCAGGGCAAAGAAGACACGUUUCCGUUUCAAGCCUCGCUUCCAAACAGUCACCGAAUCGGGCAAGCCGAUCCGGACCGUCCGGGACCUGGUCAGCAUGAUUCCGGCCGACCAAGGCGGUGUUACGGUCUUCUACAAUCAUAUGCGGGAUAGGCUCUACUUCAAGUAAGUUGAUUAGAAGCAACGAAAUGAAUGAAUUGAUUGAUUCAGGAAGAAGAAAAACGUGCCGAAAAGAGUGGAGACUGUGGCCAAGCCACGCGACAGAAGCCUCGGGCACACUCUCGUUCACUGCUCGAAGCAGGACGUUCUCAACACUGCCGAGCAGCUUAUAGGACGAAUGCAACCACGACAGUAA